GAGCUUCAAGAAUCACGCUGUGCUUUUUGCAGAGCUGCAGGGUGGCAGUAAAGGUAGUUUUUCAGUUGCAUAGAAUUAGAUAAGGUAAUAUUUUGGGAUUUAUUGCAAUAUAUGCGGCCCUGCACACUCAGAAAAAAACCCAUUAAUAACCACUAGCAAGCUAACGUUAGCUCGCGACUUGUACGGCGACUUCAGAUAGUUUUACAGGACUGCUCGAGGAAGCUGCUUGUGUAACUCUUACCAAGUUCUUUUGUAACUAUCAGUAAACUUUACUUGAAAAGGUUGAAUUAGUCUCAUAGCUCCGUCCUCUGUCGCCAUUGGCAACAAUGAGCUGCGUGAAGGAAGAAACUCGCAGUGGGUCCCCUCACUGCCCCAAACCGGAUGAAUCUGAGGAGCCGCUGGGCACAACCAUGGAGACCGGAGCUCCAAAUGAUGUCAGAGUGAAAUCUGAGACUAUGGCAUCUGAAGUGGUCAUCACAAAGGAAAUGGAGGAGGAAGAGAAGCAGCUGAUGGAGGAAGGAGAGAGGAAAGAAAAGGAGAUGAUGGAAAAGGCCCGAGAGUCUCGGGAGAGGGAUUCUCAUGACAUGCGGUUCAAAAGGCUGCAGCAUUUACUUCAGAAAAGCAACAUCUACUCUAAAUUCCUGCUGACUAAAAUGGAGCAACAACAGAAUGAGGAGAAACUCAAGAAGGAAAGAUUAGAGAAGAAGACCAAGAAGAACACAAAGACUGCAGAGCCUGAGAAAGAUAAAAAGAAGAGGAAGAGGGAUGAAGACUACAAAAUAGCAGACGUCAUGUCAAAGGAGGAAAUCAUGUCACAGGCCAAGAAAGUUAAAGCGGAGGAAGCGGAUGAGGCUCCGGCCCAGAAGAAACUGGAAGCCGAGGAUAUAGAGAAGAUGAGCGAUUCCAACCAAGACAUCAAGAACCGUCUGUCGGAGACGGUGCGAGACAACGCCAAGCAUCUCCUGCAUCCUCACAGGAAAGUGAACGGCCAGCCGGUGCCCUGCCAGCAGCCACAGUUCUUCACCGGAGGGGUCAUGAGGUGGUACCAGAUCGAAGGCAUCGAGUGGCUCAGGAUGCUGUGGGAGAACGGCAUCAAUGGGAUCCUGGCUGAUGAGAUGGGACUGGGAAAGACCAUCCAGUGCAUCGCUCACAUUGCCAUGAUGAUAGAGAAGAAAGUGAUGGGGCCUUUCCUGGUGGUGGCCCCUCUCUCCACUCUGCCCAACUGGAUCAAUGAGUUCAAGCGCUUUACACCAGAGGUGUCUGUGCUGCUUUACCACGGUCCGCAGCAGGAGAGGGCCAAACUGCUGAAGCAGAUCCGCAGGCCUCAGGGGCCCCUCAACAUGUGUCCUGUGGUCAUCACCUCCUUUGAGAUCUCCAUGAUCGACAGAAAAUUUCUGCAGCGCUUCCAGUGGAAGUACCUGAUUGUGGACGAAGGCCACAGGAUCAAAAACCUCAACUGUCGGCUGGUGCAGGAGCUGAAGAUGCUGCCCACUGACAACAAGCUGCUGCUGACCGGCACGCCGCUGCAGAACAACCUGGCCGAGCUCUGGUCUCUGCUCAACUUCCUGCUGCCAGAGGUGUUCGAUGACCUCAAGAGCUUUGAGUCGUGGUUUGACAUCGACUCCAUCACUGAAGCAGAGAGUGUGGUGGCUACUGAGCGCGAGCAGAACAUCCUCAGCAUGUUGCACCAGAUUCUGACUCCGUUCCUGCUCAGGAGGCUGAAGUCAGACGUGACGCUGGAGGUUCCUCCUAAGAAGGAGAUCAUUGUUUACGCUCCUCUGACGGGCAAACAGGAGGCCUUUUACACCGCUGUGGUCAACAAAUCUAUUGCCAAGAUGCUGGGCCAGGAAAAGAAUGAGACUCCUGUAGUGCUGACGUCGAGUGGCAGGCCGAAGCGCCACAGUCGGAAGGUGGUGGACUAUGCAGAAACUGAUAGAGACACACCGCGUGAGCUGGAGAAAUACCUGGAAAAGGUUGGCAAGGAGCAGCUGGAGUUCAGCUCGGCUCCAGUGCUAGAUGUGCAGAGUCCAUUGGACGCUCAGAUCAACCUGAAGCUGCAGAACAUUCUCAUGCUGCUGAAGAGAUGCUGUAACCACCCCUACCUGGUGGAGUACCCCCUGGACCCUGCCACACAGGAAUUCAAGAUUGAUGAGCAGCUGGUAAAGAGCUCCGGGAAGUUUCUCAUACUGGACACACUGCUGCCUGCACUCAAGAAAAGGGGACAUAAGGUUCUGAUCUUCAGUCAGAUGACGUCCAUCUUGGAUCUUCUGAUGGAUUACUGCUAUCUGCGGGGCUUCCAGUACAGCCGGCUGGACGGUAGCAUGUCCUACUCCGACAGAGAUGAAAAUAUGACCAAGUUUUCCAAAGAUCCUGAAGUGUUCCUGUUUCUGCUGAGCACCAGAGCAGGAGGACUGGGGAUCAACCUGACAGCUGCUGAUACUGUCAUCAUCUUCGACAGUGACUGGAACCCCCAGGCAGACCUGCAGGCUCAGGACCGUUGCCACAGAAUUGGGCAGACCAGACCUGUGGUGGUGUACCGCCUGGUCACCGCCAACACCAUCGACCAGAAGAUCCUGGAGAGAGCCUCAGCUAAGAGGAAGCUGGAGCAAAUGGUCAUCCACAAGAAUAAGUUCAAAGGAGGGAAAGCUGAGCUGAACCAAAGUAAAAGCUGCAUUGAUCUGGAUGAGCUGAUGGAGCUGCUCAAAGCUAGAGGAACUGAGAAGGAAGUGAAAGCAUCAAGAGGGAAGGUGAUCAGCGACAAGGACCUGGAGCUGCUGCUGGAUCGCAGCGACUUGCUGGACAAAGAAAAGGGCAGCACCAAGAGAGAGAAGGUGGGAGUGUUCAGAGUGAUCGAUGCCAAAGAUUCGUCAGAGAUCACGUUGACCUGAAAACUCGUCUUUGUUAAGACAUGAACUUCUGAGAGAAACUUAUAGCUGCACCUGGACAGUUCCCAGCUGCCGUCACUAGAAAAAACAUUCUGAAACUGCUGUUUGUAGACUGACUCGUGUAUAUUUUGUUUUUUUUACUGAGUAAACUGACAUGAUGAUAUCUGAGUUGAUUUUUUUUGUUUAACCACUGUUCUCUUUUUAAGAUCAUUUAAGUUUUUGAUGUCCAAUAGUGAUGUUUUAUUUUCAUGCUUAAAGAUGGAAAAAAAGAUUUGGUUUGGCCGCAUGUUUUAGCUUCUGUUCUCCCUGACAGCGGCUUUAAGACGAUCAGAGAAACUGUCAGUGAAUCCAUAACAGAACAUUUCAUUCAUCAGGCGUUUAGACGUUAGACAUCAGAGCAGCAGACUGACUGGAUGCUCUGCUCACUCUCAGGACGCUCUGUCUCCUGCCUCUGACUGCUAACAUGCUCACAAAGCUGUAGUGACAUGGUGCAGUCAGGUUACACCAUUCCAAACACGAGAUCUUUAGUGUCUUUAACAUUGUUAUAAUCAAAGCACUUUCCUGCAGGUUGACUUUACUUGUUCUUUUAUGUCUUUUUAUAUAAAUAAACUAUAAUUUCAUAA